AUGUUUAAAUUGCAGAGAAAUGGCGUGCGGUGGCUGUCACGGUCAGCACGUGUGCUGAAUGAAGCUUCAAAACCAAAGAAAGAGCUCCCGAGACUGUCCAUGGAGGAGUAUCGGACUUUGCGUGAAGAAUAUUACAACGCCAAAAACAAAAUCAGACGACAAACGGCAACGAAUUACUCCGUUUCUCUAUUUCUUGUAUUUAUGACCCUAUCGUUCGCAUCCGUUCCGUUAUACCGGGUGGUUUGUCAGAAGACAGGAUGGGGAGGAACUCCAAUGACAGACAGCUCCAAGUUCACCCCUGAUAAAUUGGUCCCCGUGGACACUGAUAAAAAAAUAAGAGUUUCAUUCACCGCCGAAACAUCACGGAAGUUACCAUGGAAAUUUGUUCCGCAGCAACGUGAAGUGUAUCUCGUUCCCGGUGAGACCGCCUUGGCUUUCUACAAGGCAAAGAACGUUUCGUCCAAAGACAUUACCGGUAUGGCUACCUAUAGUGUUACCCCAGAUCAUAUUGCACCAUACUUCAAUAAGAUCCAGUGUUUCUGUUUCGAGGAACAGAGACUCAACGCCGGAGAAGAAGUCGACAUGCCGUUGUUCUUCUUCAUUGAUCCGGAGUUCUCCCAGGACCCGUCCAUGAGAAACGUUGAGGACAUCGUUUUGCAUUACACCUUUUUCAAAGCUACUCAUGACGAAUCGCACGAGCAAAUCAUGGCCGAAGCUCAGAAGAAGAAAGAAGCUGAAAAGUCCGCAAAUAACUAA